GCUUCUAUCCUUCCAACUUCCGGGAGUCGCGUGCGGAGAAUAGAGACGCUAGUUUUCCUCUCGUUCUCGCGGUGCCUGACGCCACUCUGCUCGUGCUCUGGGGAUCCCUGCUGGUUCUCCCGGGGAAGUGCAGCCUCAAAGGAUGGUGUUCUCCGUGUUCGCCGCUUCCCCGCCCCAGGAUGAUCUGUCUUCCGCUUGGCAUUUCAGGUCUCUCAGCGGUGCAUUCAUUGCUGUCGUAAUCGAGUCUGCUGGCCGUCCUCUUCUUCUCUUCAACUUUCCCUAGCAUUACGGACUUCUCAAGGGAGCUGGGUCUUCGCAUAACGUGUUCAAAGUAUGAUAGUUUGAGCCUGGUCAUUUGUGCCUCGGGUGAAAAUUCUGGAUUGAUUUGUUCUAUGAUCCAUUGGUUUGUUUUCCUGGCUGUCCAUGGUAUCUUCAAAAGUCUUCUCCAGCACCAGAGUUCAUCUAAGUGGGUGGGGUGGGGAAUGCUCCAAUGUCGGGUGAGGUCGAGGAGACAUCUUCAGUAAUCUCAAUCUCUCUCUCUCUCUCACUCUUACAAAUGCGCUUAUUUACUUUCUCCACAGCAGAUACAAAAUGACCUCUUCUUCCUCUCUCUCACACACUUCUGUUCCAGCAUCUCACACAAUACCAGCAUACAACAGACUCUGCAAGAAACACAACUUUUCUCCCCACGGAAAUAUCUCGAGGACUGCCCUUCCUUAUUCAUAAAUUUAUCAACCCUCCAGGAUUGGCCUGCUCAACACCCCCCCCCCCCAGCAGUUUUUGGACUACAACUCCCUUAAUCCCCAGCCACAGUGGCCAACAGGCAGGGAUGAUGGGAGCUGUAGGCCAACAUCUGCAGGAAGGCUGAAGCUGAGCAGGCUUGGCCUAGAACAAGGGCGGGUAAACUUGAGCCUUCAUCUGUUGUUGAACUACAACUGCCAUUGUUCCCGGCCACAAGACUGGGAAUGAUGGGAGUAGUUGUUCACCAACAGCUGGAGGAGGCCCAAGUUUGCCCAGCCCUGGCCUAGAGUUUCUAAGAAUAAACAUCAGUAUCCAGGUGACUAUGGGGAAAAAAAUUCUGGAGAUUUUAGUGGCUUGGUAUUGGGAGAAAAUCUCCAGGAAUACACAUGUGGACAAAUGCGUUGGUAUCCCUCCAUGGAAAAAGAAGAACCCAUAAUUGUCUCUGAAAUAACUUGAAACUGACAAACGUAAUUGGCACCUAUCAUUGUUUAUUCCGCAUUUAACAAAAAUCAGACUUUGCUUUAGAGUUUUGAUGCAACAGAAUAUUUCAAAGAAUAACACAAAUGAAAAUGGUAUGGACAAAAAUUAUGGGACCCUUAACCUAAUAUUUUGUUGCACAACCUUUAGAGGCAAUCACUGCAAACAGGUAGUUUGGCCCACUCUUCCUGAGCAAACUGCUCCUGCUGUGUCAGGAGAGGAGAGCUGGUCUUGUGGUAGCAAGCAUGACUUGUCCCUCCCUGGCUUCUCCAAGAUAGGGCUGAGAGAGAUCCCUGCCUGCAACCUUGGAGAAGCUGCUGCCAGUCUGUGAAGACAAUACUGAGCUAGAUAGACCAAUGGUCUGACUCAGUAUAUGGCAGUUUCCUAUGUUCCUAUGAAGGGUGCCUUCUCCAGACUGCAUGUUUCAGUUCUUUCCAUAGAUGUUUGAUAGGAUUCAAAUCAGGGCUCAUAGAAGGCCACUUCAGAAUAGUCCAAUGUUUUGUUCUUAGCCAUUCUUGGGUGCUUUUAGCUGUGUGUUUUGGGUCAUUAUCCUGUUGGAGGAUCCAUGACCUGCAACUGAGACAGAGCUUUCUGACACUGGGCAGUACGUUUCGCUCCAGAAUGUCUUGAUAGUCUUGAGAUUUCAUUGUUCCCUGCACAGACUCAAGGCACCCCGUGCCAGACGCAGCAAAGCAGCCCCAAAACAUAACCGAGCCUCCUCCAUGUUUCACAGUAGGUAUGGUGUUCUUUUCUUUGAAAGCUUCAUUUUUUCGUCUGUGGAUAUAGAGCUGGUGUGACUUGCCAAAAAGCUCCAGUUUUGUCUAAUCUGUCCAAAGGACAUUCUCCCAGAAGCAUUGUGGCUUGUCAAUAUGUAUUUUAGCAAAUUCCAGUCUGGCUUUUUAAUGACAAAACUGGAGCUUCGAAAUUUAUUACUUUGAAAUUUGGCACAGCUGAAGUACAGAUUGGAAAGACUCUGUUUAGUGAAUUUAAAGUGAAUUGGAUAAUCCUGCAUUUUAAAGUUUUAAUUCCUAGGCCCAGCCCUUUAUUUUUCCUGAAUUUUUUCCAUUUCCCCAUUGACUUCUAUGGUGAACACUCCAAUGUUAAUCCAACAGCCUCAGGGGCUCAAGAUUCUGAUUCUGAUAUUUUCAAAAUUGAAUUAGAUUCGGAUCGGAUCUAAAAAAAUUUUGUAAGUGCACACACAGUAGUUCUGUGACAGCAUACAAUUUGAGAAGACUUGCCUUAGAUUAGGCAAGCAAUGACCCCUGGGUGCAGGAAGCCAUUUAACUUGCUCCCCAAUGGCCUUACCAACAUCUGGUACAAUUUCCCCCCACAUUCACUAAUAAAAACAUUGUUGAGAAUCUAAAUGUAUUGUAGACUCUAUUGCACUUUGAACAUUUUAAAUUUUUAAUUGUAAUAAUCACCAUGACUGGAACAAGUCUGAGCAUCCCCGUUCUCCCCUAAAAAACCCCAGAUACCUGUAGUUUAGCAUUGUUUUAGGCUAUCUCUACCCUAUAAAACUAAACUGAUUUUAAAAUGGUUUAACUUGCCUGCAUUUCUCUAUAGGAACUUUGUAAGGUUGCUGAUAAUUUUGGAUUCCAAACCUUUGGAUAAUUUUGGAUUCCAAACCUCACCAAAGCAAAGAGCUUUCCAUUUGCUUCUUUCCUCUAAUUAUGUAUUGUAAGAGGGUAGUGAUCCUCUUCAGAGAGUACCAAGCCAGGGCAGAAGAAGGGAUGCAGCUUCUCCUGAAAGUUGCCUGUGAUGGUGCAGAUUUUCUCCAUCUUCUCUGCAUUGUAGAACGCAACCUUGCCAUUUUCAUAGUCUAAGAACACACCGAUUCUUGAGGGACUUGGGUCAGGAGGAGCCAGGAGAACCGGACUUGAACUCAGAGCAUAGAAGUGGUUUCCUGCUGCUUUUCGGAGGACCCAGUAGCCAUUUUCAGGAGCAAGGUUUUCCAUUGCCUUGCGGUUAACAUGGCUACUGGCUACCCCAAGAACCCAAUUGGUUUUCUGUCCAGUGCUCACUUCCCAGUAAUGCUUGCCUGACUGGAAACCCUGUGAGCAGAGGACAUAGAGGCAGGGUUGGAAGCGCUGUGGAGUUAUUGGGACUGCCUGGCACUGUGGAUUCAGCUUGACUGACUUUAAAUUGGCAGAAACAACAAGGUGUGGGUGUGCACUGUCACCAUCAAGGGUGAGGUGUUCCAGUGCAGAAUGUGCUAUGUUCUUUAGCAUCUGCUUGCAAAUGGUAUACUUUAGGAGAGGGCUGCAUAGCACUUCUGGCCCACAGGACCCCAUCUCCAUACUGUACUUGGUCAACUCUGUACUUAGCUGCUCCAGCUGACUUUUGGCCAUGUCUGUUAAGUCUUCAUUGGUAUCAUUGCCUUCCCUGAGGUUGUCCACUAGCUCCAGAACAGAGGAUGCUGUCUCAGCCACAUCCAUCAGCUUAUUCUCCAGGAAGCGCAAAACUUUCUCUUCCUCACGGUCUGUUUUGGCCAUGAGAGAUUGCUCCUCUUUGUACAAUAAAUCAUGCAGCUCCUUGAAUUCCAUUGCCAUAUCCUCUUGAAAGGGCCACAGGGUUCUAAGAGUAGUUUGGAUUGUCUUGGUAUAGCCCCUGCAGAGCUUUUCGGCUUUCUCGUGGAGGUCCAGGGCUUUCAGAAUGACAUCCUCGACUUCUUGUUGGCAGUUGGCCUUUGUUGAAGCUUCCAUGCUGGUGCCUUGUGUUUCUUGAUCUUCAGGAAAGCUGUUAGAAGCACUGGAAUGAUUAUUACCUCUCCCUCAGACAAGAUUCUUCAGCUGACCAGCCACUUGUUCAAGGUAGCUUCUGACACUGUCCCCUGCCAGGCUACUACCAGCUGAGGAAUAAGUUUCGAUUUCCCAGGAUCAUCCAACUCAGGCUGCAGUACUUUGAGCUUCUUGAUUUUGCUGAUCAGUUACUGCUUGCCACUCCCCUUAGACAAAUACGUUAUAGGGCAACUCAUACAGUGAUGAUUACUAGGGUAGGAAGCACUGCCUAUCCUAGUCUGGGUUCUGUGUGUGAUAUUGGAUCGUCUGUGAGGGGGAAACAAGAGAGGAGAGCUGGUCUUGUGGUAGCAAGCAUGACUUGUCCCCUUAGCUAAGCAGGGUCCACCCUGGUUGCAUUUGAAUGGGAGACCACAUGUGAGCACUGUAAGAUAUUCCCCUCAGGGGAAGGGGCCACUCUGGGAAGAGUAUAAGGUCCCAAGUUUCCUCCCUGGCAGCACCUCCAAGAUAGGGCUGAGAGAGAUUCCUGCCUGCAACCUUCGAGAAGCCACUGCCAGUCUGUGUAGACAAUACUGAACUAGAUGGACCAAUGGUCUGACUCAGUAUACGGCAGCUUCCUAUGUUCCUAAGGUUAGAGGCUCCUGCUUCUGUGACUGCUGCGUGGUAAGCAGCAGCUGAGCUAAAUCGGAGGGCUCUCUCUGAAUGAGGCGGAAGGAAAAGCCCUCCAACCCAGCUGCUACUUACCACACAGUCACAGAAGGCGCCUCCAGCCUUGUUUCCCCCUCACAGACAAUCCUAGCUCCCAGACUAGGAUAGGCAGUGUCUCCUACCCUAGUAAUCAUUGUGUGAGCUGCCCUAUUGUCCUGCCUCACAAGCUCAGAUUACACAGUUCUCUUAAAUCCCAAAACAGCCUGGAGCAGGCUGAGUCUGAGUUGAAGAAGAGGAGGCAGCAGAGAAAGGCCGCUUAACCUUUGCCACUCCUGUUCUUUUUGAGCUAAAAACCACCUUCAAGCUGGUUUUUCACCCCUGGAGCAGAGAUGUAGGAGCUCCAUCUCUUCCCCCCCACCCCCACUGAAAAGUGGCUUUUGGGGGAUGGAUGUAACAUUGAGCCCAAAAACAGGUAGGAGGGGAAAGAAGUAAACACACAGCCUCUACUCAUCUGCUUUUCUUUCAGGUGUGUCCUGUCUCAGACGGCUUUGGUUUGAAAGAAAAAGUCUACACAGACUGUAGAACUCCACUUAAUGUAAAGAUGUGGAGACUCUUUAUUUUAAAGAUUACAUUGCAGAGAAGGUGGUAUGUCAGUACAGACCUAAAUAGAGCCAAAUGUGUAUGUCCACAGUUACAGGAAACAUUUGAAUGCAAUUUGAGAUCUACAUCUGUCUAGAAUUGGUGUGAGGUGUGAGGUGUGGUGUGAUACAUUUUGCAUCUUAAAGCAAAAAGCAGCACAGAAAGGGAGACUGCUGGCAGGAAAGUGGCACCAUCUCUGAGUUAUGAUGCUGCCUGAAGCAACAGCUUUGUAUCAUUUCAUGGAAAGGCCAACUCUUUUGCAGCACAAUCUUGAGCAUUCUUUGUCAAGUUCAGAAGGAUCUGUUCCCCAAUAAACAUGCAUAAGAAUUGCAGCUUCAGUUCUUCUGUGUUUUCACUGCACAGACAUGUAAAAGCAGAUGUGCUGCUGAAACUCAUGCCAGUGAAUGUGCUCAGUCAAUCUGGCCGAUCGAAGCCACUCGGUACAGUUGUUCCGUGGGCAGAGAGUGGGAAAUCAACAGAAAACCACCAGAAGCCAUUUUGGAAUUCUGAAGACAACCGUUGGUUUUGUCCCACAGAAAGUCCUGUCAUCUGCCCCCCUCACCGCCCUUCUGUUUUUGCUGCCACAAACUCACAAGAGCUAUCAUUCUGGGAGAUGCCCAGCGUCUGCAUUCCUAAGACCUUAAAAUAGUUUGAGUUGAUUAGUUAGCUAAGCUGGAGCGGACCGAAUUGCGACAUCAUCAGCAUGAACUGCCAUGUUGUGCCUGGCAUCCGAGAGGCGAAUGCGUGCUGCUCCUUCCCUGUGGCUGCGCCAGCCCCGCCUCCCGAAGCGGAGAGUGAAAGGCAGCCGCUCUUUUUGUAAGAACUAUAAUAAAAAGCACCUCCCCAGAUAAAGCUGGCGAGCUCCCCUUGUUAAAAGUUUAUCCGCGGAGGCUUGCUUUGGGUGGGAAUUGGGAGAGAUUCGUUAACCCUUCCCUCACCGUAGCAAACACUGGUGUGACUCUCUCAUGUGGCUAAGCAUCCUCAGGUGCCCUUUUAGGUUUGUCCAGUUGAGCCAUGGAUUUCUCUUUUUACAAACAGUGGGUGUCCCUUUGACGUGGGUAAGAAAGCCCUCUCCUUACCCGCUUCUCCCAGCCACUCUUGGUCUGCAGUCCAUGCCUGGCCUGACUUGGCCCUGCCUGUCUUCGUCUCGAAACGGACAGAAAUAGCUCCACAUCAUGUGGCUUCUCAGUCACUCAGCCUCUCCGGAUGACUUCUGCUCCAUAAGGAGACCCAGACGGAUUCCACCCACAUGCUGUCCAGCAGCCGUUCCUGCCUCCUCCUCCUCCUCCUCCUCCUCCUCCUCCUCCUCCUCCUCCUCCUCCUCCUCCUCCUCGAUGGUCUUUCGGGUCAAGUUUGUGCCACAGGGACUGGGAGGAGGAGUGAGAAGAGAGGAGAUGGGGACUGGUACAGAGCAAGCAGUGCCGGAUGGAUCCUCUGUAGUUGUCACUAUUUCAAACAUCCAGUCCUGUCAUCUUAGCUGAGUGUGAAGCAUAUGGAACUUCAGCAGACCACACCAGGGAGGGGAGGGUUUGGAAAGCAGGGGGCGUGGAAAGAGCCGUCUAUGCAGCUGCAGGCUGAGUCACUUUGGAGUAAGGUGGAAAGCAGUGGCAGAGUCCCCGUUACAGCAAAGGCGGGCGCCCCGUUAAAGAGAGAACCUGGAGACUCUCGCUGAUGGACUGCAGGAUGCAAGAGGCCCGGGGCUUGCACUGGAGGAGUGCUGUGGGGGUGGUCUUCUGCUGCACAUGCCUGCGGAAGCGUGGCCCUCCAGGCAGGGCCCCUGCCUGCCCCGAGCACAAGAGAUGCCGCAGUGUUGCUUCCCGCUACAAGGAGAAUGUGGAGUCAGCCACAUUGGGACUGCGACUUCAAGAGUGGAUCCACAGAAGAUCACAUUGCUUCAGUGCCCAGAAUCCAGGGAAAGAUAAUGACAUGGACCUGGGAACUCUCCAAAACAACUUCAACAGCACCUUGGACAAUGUUUAUGAGGAUGACCUGGAAUCUGUCCAUGCCAGGACCCUUUCCAACAGAAACCCUGUCUCCGACAGCGAGCAGGCCAACCUUCUGACUGGGGGUGACAUUGUCAAGCGUUCUCAGCCACUGAUCAUCCAAACCAAUAGAAAACUGAAUGAGGAGGAGGAGCCACGUGCCUUAUCCCUGCCCUCCAUCCCAAACCCCUUCCCAGAGCUCUGCAGCCCCUCCAACUCGCCUAUCCUCAGCAGCUCCUCACUCGGGCCAGGUUCACAGCGAGAAGGUGGCUCUCACGUGGUGAAGGUCUACAGUGAAGAUGGCACUUGUCGCUCCCUGGAGGUCACGGCCGGCACCACAGCACGCCAUGUGUGUGAGAUGCUGGUACAGAAGACCCAUGCUUUGCACGAUGACAGCUGGUCUCUGGUAGAGGUCUAUCAGCACUUGGCUCUAGAGCGGUGCCUGGAAGACCAUGAGUCUGUGGUGGAGGUCCAGGCCACGUGGCCUGUUGGGGGUGACAGUAGGUUUGUCUUCCGGAAGAACUACGCCAAAUAUGAGCUGUUCAGGAACUCACCGCAAUCACUGUUUCCUGAAGUCAUGGUCUCCAGCUGCCUGGAUGCAGCCAACAAGGAUAUGUCGCACUCAGAACUCAUACAGAAUGUGUUAAAUUCAGGAAGCUGCCCUGAAAUCCAAGGGUUCCUCCACCUUAAGGAAGUAGGGCGCAAAGUGUGGAAAAGGUUUUACUUUUCCCUGCGACGUUCUGGACUCUAUUACUCAACCAAAGGCACAUCAAAAGAUCCCCGGCAUCUACAGUAUUGUGUUGACAUCAAUGAGUCCAACAUCUACUACAUCACCCAAGGCAAAAAGCAAUACAGCACCCCUACUGAGUUUGGCUUCUGCAUCAAGCCAUACAAGGCACGCGGUGGGGCAAAAGGUUUGAAGCUCUUCUGCAGUGAAGAUGAGCAAAGUCGCACAUGCUGGAUGGCUGCCUUUCGUCUCUUUAAGUAUGGCAUACAGCUCUACAGGAACUACCAGCAGUGUCAGGCACGGCAAAGGGAACCAGCCUGGAUUGGCACUGUGCCCCUGCGGAGUGUGUCUGAUAACACCCUGGUGGCCAUGGACUUCUCGGGUUGCACGGGCCGAGUGAUUGAAAACCCCAACGAGGCUCUGACAGUAGCUCUGGAGGAGGCUCAGGCAUGGCGGAAGAAGACAAGUCACCGAUACAGCCUGCCAACCCCAUUCCAGAGCUCUCCACUCAGUGCUGCCAUCCACAGAACGCAGCCAUGGUUCCACGGACACAUUUCUAGAGAAGACACCCAGCGCCUUAUAAUCCAGCAGGGACUGGUGGACGGGGUCUUUCUGGUGCGAGAGAGCCAGCGGAACCCCAAAGGCUUUGUCUUGUCACUCUGUCACCUGCAGAAGGUGAAGCACUAUCUUAUCCUUCCGAGUGAGGAAGAGGGGCGCCUCUACUACACCAUGGAUGAUGGGCAGACUCGCUUUGCUGACUUGAUCCAGCUGGUGGAAUUUCACCAAAUCAACCGUGGCAUUUUGCCUUGCAAGCUGAAGCACUACUGCACGUGUGUUGCCUUGUGAUCGGCUGUCUUCCCAACUGUGCUUCCCCACACCCCACCUUACAAUUGGCUGUGGCCAGAGCCAGGGAACAGACCCUUUGAACUCUGCGCACCAGGACCGACUCUGAACUGUCAGCGGCUCCUUAACCCUGCCUUUGACCCACAUUUACAGCAAAUGACCAAAGAUGGGCCUGGUUUGAACCCUUUCUUUCUGCCACCCUUAGAGAAGACUUGUGGUUCUUAGUGGACUCAAGAAUGGAUUUGGGGUCACUGUGAUAGCAAGUCACUACAUAGGAGAGCAAUUUUCUGUUGUCCUGUGGCUUUCACUAAGGCCGGCAUCCCUCUCCUCAUUGAGUCUCCCUCUCCAGGGCGUUUUCCAGAUUAGACCCUGCAACGGGGUCACAUCGUCUCUCGGAAGUGUGCUUCCACACUUCCUGUGUUGUGACACCGCAGACCCUACGUGGACAGCAGGGUGCCGUUCACAUUUCCAGUGCUUUGUUUCGAAUUUAAUCGCUUCGAUAUGGAACUAGGACGUCAUAUAUCCGGUGUAAAGAAGUUGAUGUUUUUUCUGGUUGUUCGUUUCUGUGAGACUGCUCCCCCUGCUGUUUACGUUUCGAAUGCGACUUGCCUGAGCAGAGGCAUUUUGCUGCUGUUGAGCAGCUAGUCUGGAAAGCGCCCUGUUCAGGGCUCUGUGUAUAUUUUGAUUCCAGAGUUGGCUUUGUCACCACACUUGAGAGAGAUUUUGCUGGUUCAGUCCCCGUAUCCCCUUGCCCACAGUGGAAUUCCAAAGUCCCCAUUUUCUGGAAAAGGUCUGGCAUUCCCAGUUUAUACUUUGGCACAGAACAUGCAAGUGUGGGGAACAAUUUCAGAAGAAGGGAGGUCUGAGAGAGCAGGACAUUUUCACACAUUUUGAUAAUUGGGAAGCUGACAAGGUAGCAGACGUUCACGGGUUAAGGCCCAAAUGGGUUAGGGUUCCAUAUAACAGGCUACUGUAAAUGCUCCCAUAUCCAUUCUGCAUCUUGUCUAACAAUCAGAAGACUAAGGCUGGAGACAGAUGACAAUUAUUUCAGAGAACUGAAGGUGGCUCAGAAGCAGUACCAAAGCUGCUAAUGGGGUAUACUCUCAACCCACUAAUAUAUCUGUAAAUAAGUGUCUCCGGAAGGGGGGUGUUACUGUUUCAAAAAUGUGUUUGAUCAAAGGUGAGAGCAGAACGAAAGAAAUAUGAUAUACACCAUGACAAGUAGUUCCUUUCUCCUACUACUUUCAGCUCCCCUAAAACCCAUCGUCUGUCUCCAGCUAAGGAUUCUGUGGUUGCUGCCACCUUUGUCAGACAAAGGAAUCACUUUAUUACUAAAUCUCUUCCCCUGCUGCUGAGCAUCAUCACAUUAAAAUGGUGGUUCCCAGGUGAGAUGUUGGGCAGUAGGCUGGAUGGAGAGCAUUAGGCAGAAAUCUUUGGGACUGGAGCUCGAUGGCAUCUAGUAUGAGCAAGAGUAAUAGCUGGGGAUGGAAGAAAAGGCCAAGCCCGUUCUUGACUAGGCAAACUAAGCGUAUCCACAGAAAGAUUCAUAGCCUUGCCAGGUCAGGGGAGACUAAUAGGCCGCCUAUGUGAGCAAAGUCGCCUUUGAGGGGCUCAGUGGUCCAUUGCGAGCAGCAAGCCAUGCAUCCAAAGGGAAUGAGACUCUCCACACAAGCAGUGUGGAGAGCUAGAUGGGGUUUGACAGGGAGAGUGGGCUUGGCCCGUUCUCCCUGCAAAUGAUCAUGGAGCCCUCCCUGGGCAGCUGGAUCGGCUGCCCGCAUGAUAACCAGCUCUGUCGUGGAGCUGGUCGGGGCUGCAGGGAUCGGGGGCUGCCUGGCCCCCGGAAAUCCCAGAAUGCCCCACGCGAGUAGGGAGACCCCUGAGGCCAGGAGGCUUAUGGUAGCCUCCCGGCUGGGGGUCUCCUCAUGAGUCGCUGCGGCAUGGAGCCACGCUGUGGCGACUCACAGUAAAAAAUCUGGGGUUAGUGGAGUGUUUGCUCUGCUAACCUCAUUUAAGGGGAGGGCUACUUUGGUGGGCUAGCCACCAUUGAACCACUGGGCUCACCCGCAAGCCCGGUUGUUCUCACCAUGGCGGAAAACUGGGCUGGGCUCCCUUAGCCCAGUUUUCCUCCAUUGUGUGAAUAGCCUUUAUUAGUUCUAGUUCCAGUUGUUCCUUAUACACACUACUAGCUCCCUCUUCUGACACACACACCCCACACACCCAUGAGCACAUAAGCCCAGAGAUCUGUCCUCCCUGCCCCCUGCUUUCUUUGGGGGUAUUUGGUGCAAUAGGACUUAUACCACUGUGCCAUAAUAAUCUCCAGCUGUCUCCCACUUUGUGUCGGGCUUUCUUGUAGGUUGACGAAUGCUAUUGCAUCUAAGCAUCACAAAUGAGGAAUUGAGGUUGGAGGAUUUGGUUUUCUCUCCUGCACAAAGGGGUUAAAAUAAUUUCCUGGGGGUGAGAGAAGUGGAGGCAAGAAGCCCCCACUGUUGUUGUACAAAUCCGUGAGGCCAGUAUAAUUGUGAUGAGUUGUGUGUAUAUAUAUACAUGAUGAUAAUAAAUGUUAUUUUUUUCAUA